AUGACAAAGCAACCAAUCAACCAAUCUAUCCAUUGCAAUCGGGAGGGUUUCCGGGCGUCUCGUGUCAAGGCACCCAUACGGAAGAACACAAUGGCAGGUGUGGGAUGUAGAGCAAGAAUAUAUGCAAAGUUCGAUAGGGAAAAGCAUGAUUGGGUCUUGUUGAAGGUUGAACUAAAUCACUCGCACCCGUGUUCAACUAGGAAGGCGGUGUACUACCACGAGAACAGGGAGUUAAUAAUGCAUGCGAAGUGUAUCAUUGAGGUUAAUGAUGAGGCGGGCAUUCGACCCAACAAGACCUUUCUAGCAUUAGCCAAUGAAGUUGGUGGGCCUUCGAACUUGGGCUUCUCAGAGAAGGACGAGUUAAAUCCGAACUACUUUUACGCAGUGAAUAUAAAUAAGGAUAACAAGUUUACGAGUGCAGUUUGGGUGGAUGCAAGGUGUAGGGCAUCUUAUGAAUACUAUGGAGAGGUGGUCUCAUUUGAUACCACAUACAGCACGAACCGGCAUGGAUUGCCGUUCGCUGCUUUCAUUGGUGUGAACCACCAUGGUAAGUCUACUUUGCAAGGCUGCGCUCUGCUAGGCAGUGAGAAGAUCCCGAGUUUUGAGUGGGUGUUCACACAAUGGCUGGAGUGCAUGGGAACGGCAUCGAAGGGCAUCAUCACAGACCAAUGCAAGUCUAUGUUUGGUGCAAUUAAGAAGGUCCUGCCCAAUACACGACACCGGUGGUGCAUAUGGCAUAUAACACAAAAGAUACACAACAAGCUUGGAGGUUAUUCUAGGUUCAAAGAGUUGAAUGCUGAGUUGAAACACAUUAUAUGGAACUCUAAGUCGGUUGAGGAUUUCGAGGAUCAUUAG